AUGGACAAGAUGAAGUGGGUGCAGCUUUUUUUGCUUUUCGAGUUGUUCCAGCAUGAACUUCUCUCUGUGCUGGGCUACGAGAUCCGGAAAUACGGGAAUCUACGCGGAACUCGUGCGAUAAUGAUUUAUAUUAAGGCAAUUGGAACAAGACUUAUCAAUGUCAUAAGAUUACUGUUACUUCAAUUCAUCUCAUUGUCUAAUUGUGGAUAAGUUUGUCCUUCCUCUUUUCAAGUUCUUGUUCACCAACAGCUUCUUCGUUCAUCUAAAUGUAGCAAUAGAUCAAUAGUACUUCUUCUUACAUUGAUUUACAACAAGAACGUAUAUUUGGUUUUGGUCGUAUAGACAUCUUUUCAACGUAGUUGAUGGCUCUAAUGAUUACGAAACAACUUAUUGGGGAGGAGACCACGACUACUGGAUGGAGUCUACAACAGACCAGCAAGACGAAGAGACCAAGGAGUCCAUGCCUAGACCAGGCCUUGGAGUUUCUUUUCAGCCAGGGAGUCUACUACAAAAGGGGGAGACAGGUGAUGGAGAUGCUACUUCUAGUACUACAAGAUCUGGAUCGUCCGCAGGCAGCGAUCGUCCAUACACGGGCUCGGAUCCGAGCGGCGGAGGUGCAGGUGCUGUAGUCGAGGGCGGAGAAGUGUCGCUAGACCAAGCGAAGAAAAACAUCCAGACUGCGAUUAUGUCGCAAAAUGCCGAACUCAAAGAUUUUAACAAGAUCUGUCCGCAACACGGCAAUAAUCAUAAUGCUGCACAAGCCAAGACUGGACAGCCGUUCACGCCCGAAGAAGUUGCGAACGUCAUCGGGCUAGCCGCAGUCCGAGGUGACGCAAAUUAAGACAGGUUUAGUUGGGUAUCGACCUAUUGGAAGCAGUCUUGAUAUCCUUCUGGAGGUGCCCUUCCUUAUCCUCUUCUGUUCGCUGAUAUAAUCCACACGGACGGCUUUUCAUUUUGGAUUUCAGCACAAUUGUUAUAACACUGAUCACAUUUUUCGCAGUUGUUUCACUUUCCCAAAUCUCUGUAGAAAGAUGCGCCGACGUCGUUCCUAUAAUAAAGUUGUCUCUUCAGAUUGAAGGAUAAUUCUACGUUAGUUCUAAUGUUCCGUCGCCUACUGGCUUAGGCAUGAGAAAGCGGGGGCGGACGAUGCGGUCUGCGAUUAUACUGGAGAGCUGUACAAUCACGAAGAAAAGGGAGGUGUGCCGCCAAUGAUCGAGGAGAAAUCGGACUUACGAAAACUUCAUAUACAACUGUUGUUUUAGACUUAAGACCUCCUUUUGCAUUGGUUAUACUCAACAUGAAAUGAUCUGGGUGAUGCAGAGUGUUCCAUGUGCAAAUUCAUUGAAACUUAUAUUUUUAUUUAUCCUUUUUCCUUCCCCUAUCUCAUCUUAGUUAUUUUUUGACCACUUCUUCAUCUUCAACGAACUGCUUUCCAUCUUUAUGUCCGUAUUCCGACUCGAAUUUCUCCAUUUCUACCUAGCAUGCAUUUAAAGAAAGUUGGACUCAUCGCAUAUUAUUUGGGUGUCAAAAAAUGUUGGACGAUUGAUUGAAAAUCCAAGUUGGUCGCUUCCUCGAUAUGUUGAGUUCUUGCACGAAAAAGAAAAUCUUUACUGUUCAUAAUUGUCGUGGACGAGUGAAAAUCCUGCAACGAGUGCUCGUCUGCAUGCUCUUAAGGCAGCUGGAAAGAAUUUUCCACUCUACACGACCACUGGUGCGGAAGCGGGUUUCAAGGCACAAUGGCACACCGGGUUCUGUCCCACUCUUGCUUGUAGCAUGUUGGCUGACAAGAGUGAAAGCGAGAGUCUGAAUCUCGACACGGCUGGGAUAAUUGUGCAACAAGCGGCAAUCGAAGCGAUGGAGCACCAAAUGCAAAAUUCCUAUCAAGUGGCUGCGAAAGCAGAAUGGACGUACUGUCAGACUCAGAAUCCAACUGCAAGUGACAAGUGCCCAGACUGGGGUGAGUAUCGGGAGCAACAGCCAGAGUGGAAAGCACUAAAUAUGGAUCCAAUGCUCGCCUGGGCGAUCUUUUGGAGCCCGAUUAACCAACAGAAUCUGUGGCGCACUUACCAGACCGGGAUUGUACUGGGCAGUCUCGGCCACCAGGAACACAAUACGGGAAAGGUGCAUUGCGAACAGAUUCCGAACACGAUAGUUGUUCUUGGACAGGUAUCUAUUUAUGAUGUUUAUGAUGGUUUUAUUCUUUCUUUAGAAGUACAAACUCGAAGUAGACCAUCUUCAACUUCAUACACUCGACAUAUGUUGAACCACGAAGAAACUUUUUUUUCAUUCUUAGUUUUCUCGCAUAAUUUCAACUUGAUGCAAUUGUAAUAGUUGUACUUGUCUUUAUCGCUGCAAAUGCAAAACGAAAACAGGACUUGAAGCAAGCGUUUGCAGAACCCAUGAUGGCUCAGCUUUCAGAAAUGGCGCUUACACGACUUGAGGAUGUGGAAAUCCACUCUGCUAAAUGCGGUCCUUACGGACAAAAACGAUCAAACAUAUGGAAGUAUGUAGGUCAAUCCCGGCACCUUGUCCUGGCUAGUGCCCAGCAGGCCUAGACCAGGAAAAAAAUAGAAACUCAUACUUAUACUUUUCUGCGUUGUACGUCGUUUUGGUGACAUAAGCAACCUCUUCAUCGUUAUAAUCAAGACCAUUUGUCGUAGACCAAGCAGAAUCGUUAUGUAGGCUACAUCUCCCUCAUGUACUUGUACUCAGUUGUUCCUACUAUUAUCUACUCACAAUUAUUUUUCAUCUCAGUGUCGCUGUUCACUUUUCUGUUCUAACAAAUGCAACUCGAAAAAGUCGUGGCUCAACAAGAGAUUACGCCAUCGGAGCAGUCCAAAUCGCCUAACGCGAAGUCGCAGGCUUCGAGAUGGGCACUCGUGAUGGCCGUUGGAGGACAAACGGCGCUUGGGAAAAACGAUCUCCGCAUCGAGUCGGUCGAGGCGAGUACGCUCAUCAUGAAAGGUCUCCUGGAGAAAGGAUACCACUAUGUCACCACUAGGAGCGUACUGAUGAAAAAAGAUGAUACGGGAAUGAAAGAAGAUGACAAUGACAUGGUGCUGACGGCGUAUCCCAGGACAAGCAAGAAGGAAAUAAUCAAGCUGCCAAAGGCACCACCUUCAGGUGAUGGCUGGCAGAACAAGGCAGCGCUUGGACAGGCUUAUGGCUAUCUCGAAUGCAAAAGGAGUGUGCACCCACUCACAAUAUCAGUAUUCAAUUCCCUUGGUAGGUAUUAAUUCUAGAUUGAUACCUAAAAUUUGUUUGUUUCAGAAAAUUGUUGUAUGCACGUGCACUGCAUUCGGGUAUCUGAUUUUUCCAUAGAAGAAGUAGAAGCUCUAAAACGUCUCAAUUCUAUGUUUCGUAAUGCAUCUUCAUGAUCACUGAACAAAUCAUCCGAUCACUUCUCGAUAUCGAUGAUCUCGUGCACAGCUUGCUAGCAUAUCUUCUUCUUCUUCUUCUUGAGUGUAUGACUAUGAUUUUCUAAUUCUUUGCUGAUCUGCGGAACAGAAUAGACGAGCACGAGAAGACGAAGAGCAAGAAGGCAAAUCAAGAGCUGAACCUGAGCACUGCAGAUCAGGCGCUGAAAAAACGCUUGUUCUGGAUCGCUUUCUACAAUCGCGUGCAUAAGACCGAGCUCGAGUACCACAUCUUCAAGAACCAGAAUGGCUUUACGGUUUAUGUCUGGGGUGGACCGGUCGGCAAGACGCAUCUCAAUGACGCGCUCGGUCACUCACUUCCCGAGGGCAUCGACUUUGCGGGCAAGUACCCUACGCAUAUCAAAGACCAUCGCAGUCUGGAUUUGUACUCCACAACUACCCAGGAGAACAUUCUGGAGGUGAUGCUGGCGCAGCAAGGUCUGAUGAAGUUGUUCGGCCUAAACUCCGACGAUGGGAUUGCGAAAGGUGUGGUCGUAAAAAACGAGAGGAAAGGAAAUUAUGGCCGAGUCGACUGCUGCAUUUUUGCUUUCCUAAUCUACUUUCCCGUGGUCUUCGGUUCUAACUUUUGAAGAGUGCUGUGGCUGUGGGGGAGCUUUCAUCUCACGUUUUUGAGUCAGAAGAUAUUGGGAGACUACAUCACUCGUAGAAGAAAAUCACUAAUUUAGGUAUUUCAUAUUUAUUGGAACAGUGUGCAUCACCGUCAAGGAUCAUCCUCAUCCUCUAAGAAAGUGCGAAACAUCUGAACCUCAUCGGCGAGAUCCUCACUGUCGCUCCCAAUCAGGGAACGCGCGGAUUGCUUGCACAGCAGUUUCAGCAGGACUGUACUAGUGGGCGCAAUACUGGUGAAGCCGAGCUCCACGAAUCACGGACAGUCAUGAAAGACGCCAUCUACAUCAUGUGCGGAGACCUCAUCUUACGAGCGGGACUUAAUAUUAAGUACUUAAAGUGAGUUAGACGCACAGAAUCAGAAUAUCUCGUCUUGACUCAUGACUAUGAGGUUGACACGCAUGAUAAACAUAAAGUAUAAUAGUAACACUAAAACAUAGAAGUAGUAACAAGUAAGUUGUAUCUUCCUCUACAUCUACUUUCCCUUUUCAUACUUCCGGCUUUCGAAGUACCUGUUCAUCGCACCAACUGGCAACCCGCGCCGGAACAAGAUCAAUUCCCUUUUUGAAGAAACGAGAAGCAACGCCAAAACAGUGCGUGAGCUCGUCAAGGAGCACAUCUUUGGAGGUGAAAGUUCUUAUGCUGCGUAAUUCAUUAGAAAAAUUCUAGCGAGGACCCUUUAACUUCCAGGAGUAAAAUAGAAGAGUAUAUCACUUUGUUUCAUUCAUCUUUUUGUGAUGAUCUUCGAUUCAAUUAGAAGUAGAACAUGAUCCACCUCCUCAUCAGAACUAUUGAACGAUCGGUCUCAUGAUGAUCGCAGUUAAGAUUUGAAGUUACUGCCUCUUUGACUUUGUUUUCACUUCUAUUUUCGUUGUCCUUAUUUACCUCGUUGAUUGUAUGUAAAACUGAGGGGGCAGCCCCGCCAGGAUACAACAGAUAUGCAUGCAUGCUCUGAACUCCUCUUUUUCUUUCAUGAUUCGACUGGUGAAAAUGCAGCAGUUCUUGAACAACUGGAGAAAGAUACGACAGCUCUCUACGGGACGGAGACCACCGAAGUCGAUACUGCGGUUCAGAUUGCCAUACGGGACUCCUUGGAUUGGCAGAUGCUCGGUUGGUAUGGACUUCGCGUGUCCAAGGCCUCUUCCUUACGCCUCAAGGAACGGGUUGUCGACUGGAGUUCACAAAUCCUAAACAAGUACAGCAGCAUUCUCAAGGUUAAGCAAGGUUAAAACAAAUUAAAGGAAAUGGAUACUGGACUAUUUGUAGUACUAGAAAAUAACUGGUUCUUGUAAAAAUUGUAAUAUUAGUACUUUGUAUUAGGAGUGUAAAGCUAAAGAACUGUAGUCGUAGAUCAUGUGGAAAUAGGUACUCCAUUCUCGUCAACCAUGUACAUGUUUUGUCUGGUGGCGAUAUAUCUAGUAACGCUUUUCAUGAAGAGCAAGUGUCUAUUAUUAUAUUUAACGUAAGGGUAAGUGUAAGACAGCUGGGCUGUGAAACCGAUGUAAUAGAUGAGUCGAACUUUUCGUUCUUUUGAGACGAAAAUGAAUAGGCAAAGCUGGUUUUCACGAACACUCUUUCUUUAAGUUUAUAGGUUGCUAUAAUACACGCACUUGUAUUGAUUUUGAUCCGCAUCCAUCACAUUCCAAAAGUAGCAAAUGAGGAGCCUGAAGAUAGUCAGUAAUCAGUGACACUAUCAAGAUUGCUCUUCUUCUUCCUCUAAUGUUCAGCAGUUUUUUCCUGACGAUGAAGAGGGAGCUGUCAGGGCCAAAAUGGAGGGCUUCAUGGACGAAAAGAGGCAGGCAGAACUCAAGGACGCCGGCAAUGGCAUCAAUUUCGGCUGGUGGCAUGCAUACGAUACCGUAGGUUAAGACGAAGACAUGAUAGAAAGAUGAAUGGUAGAGUUUUACCUUGCGUACGAUCUUAGCCCGUUGUAAAAGUAGACAGCAGUGCUGAUAGCUACUUCAUGAAUUUUCAUUUUGUUUCUAAUGUCCAUAUACUUGAUGUCCGGCAUGAUCUUCCUUGAGGUUGAAUAUUGUUCAUUGUAAUGAGUAAUUAUGCUCAUUGAAGAUUUGCUAGUUUUUCUAAGAGAUCUUGAACUUGAUGUUCAAUCUACUAGUUUUUCUAAAAGACCCAACCAUCAAGCAAUUGCAAGUAUGAGCUGUAUCUUCAUCUCUAAUGAAGGCGUGUUCAGAAACUGGACAGUGUUGUGAUGCGUGAGGGAACGUCGAAUGCGGGUCCGUCUGAGCUGUAUGGACCUGCGAAAACUGACGAUCAGAAAACGCUCAUCGAGUUCGCCGUCCAACUGAUCAAGGAAUGCCCUGGUGGAUUUACGACCCAGUCCGACUCCGCAAACAACAUAAAAAUUUCGGAGGAAAUGUGGGAGUCGGAAGCGCGAAUCAAGGACGAAGUCCACAAUGACGGUGACCACAAGACUAUCGUGCAAAAGGAGGUCCAACCAAAAGGACAUGUGACACUGACGAAGACGCAGAUUGCGCGCCGCGCACUGGGACUACUUGGCGAAGAUGACAAGGAGGAGCAAGUGUACUGCAUCAAAACUUAUGGAGCAUGAUACUCAGAUCCUUUUCAUCACUUUCGACUCACAGUCUUCACAGAUUCUUGUUAUUCCUUCUAUCUCACGUAGAUUCUGAGAACAAUCAAUUAUAUGUUGUUGGGAUGAAAAAAAGAGCUCUAAAAAGAAGUUGGCGAGGAUUCCGAGAAGCCGAAGAAGACAUUCCUGCUGAUCGGCAAUCCGGAGUUGCCGGUUUUGCAGUCCGGCGGAGACGCAGUAAAUAGACUUGCUGCUGCGGUGCCUACGCCUACCGCAGGCGCGAACGGCAGCCAGGGCCAGGCAGAUGAAGAAGGAGAUCAUCCAGAGAUCAUCCAGAGAUCAUCAGCUGCUUCUACAUCCUCUCCAGGGCCGCCUACGGAGAGUCCAAGCACGAAAGCUGCAGCCGCAACAGUCAGUCAUCUUGGCAACGGCCAAGUGAAUACGCCGCGUCCAAUCACCCCCUAAGACCGUCCACGCACCUUUGUCUCUAGAGGGCAGGUGAGACGAACAGGAGGAGCUAGGUUGGAGCGAAUGUCUAAGGAGCAGGUGUAGUUGAGGCAGAACGUGAUGAAAUAAAAGUAAAAGUUUAGUUACUAGUUAGAAAAAAAAUAGAAGUGUGAUACGAAUAUAAAUAUAAACUAAAACGGGGAGGUAUGUUAUCCUUGUGUUGCACUUCCCUUUUGUUUUUUGGUGUACGUAGUAGAGAGGACCGAGGUGGAAGGGAUGAAAAGAGAAUCGGUCUGGGACUUUUUAUAAGUGAGGUGUGGAGGCUCUGGGAGAGAGGAGAUUAACACUUGUUAUUUGUAAGUAUCAAGAUCGACCUAUACCUAAGGAGGGACAGGAGAUGGACGAGGACAUUGGGGUGAAAGAAAAGACAACGACAAGUUACUUUGAUGAUUUAGUUGGUGAUAUCUCUACAUUUAGAUACCCUCGUGUUGUUAUUGAUUGUUCUAGAGAAGUAGUCGAACAUGAUCUUGUUAACAAUCAGUGACAACAUACGACAUCAAGGCGAUCCUGUAUCUAAGGAUGUCUGGCUGUCGUGCAGGUAAUCCUUACUAGAUCUAACAGUUUGUCGGGGUUCGCUAGAAGUAGAAGUAGUUAUUGACUCCUCGGAGGAGUUGACUGAAGGGGCACAGGUUGGCGACCUGAAAAGAACAGAUCAAAGUUUUUGAUGUAGUAGCUCAGAAGCACCAGCCACCAGAACAAGGUGAUCACUUGUGAUCAUCGUUGUACUAGAAAGGAAGAUAAAGUCAUCCACUUGUCGUGAGUGUUGAUGGCAGUGAAAUUCUGUAGUACUACUAACAAAACAGUAUCAUGUCACAUCAUGAUCAUCAUGUAUGAAAUAGAAGUAUGUUGAUUGAAUAUGAUGAAAUUUUUUUUGUGCAUAAGCUAGCACCCAAGAUGUGCAACUCCAGUCUUGCGCCGUUACCGAUUUUUGUUAUUUAGGUAGUUCCAAGAAGGACCACAAACUGUUCUUUUCCUGUGUACAGCAUUGCAUUCACAAACUGAACAGCAACAAACCAAUCUUCUCAGAAUAGUUAGUGCACAGUACUUGAUCAUAGAUAAGCUACCUUCAACGACAAAGAGUUCAACAUCACAGCAUAAAGCACCUCACGUAACUGUAAGACUAGGAGCUGGCGCGUAGCUGUACAGAAAAAUUUCGCUACGAUGCUACUGAAAGAAAGCGAAGGAGUGGAAAUGUCGUUUCCAAGUCAGAAGGCGGUUACCAAGAAGCGACGUUCUCACGUCGGUGACCUCAAAAAUCAUACUUAGCUGUUUCUCCGAUUCCGAAAAACGUACUAGUAAUCAUGAGUAAGGAAAACAAAAAGAUCCAAGAACAAUAUGACUGAAUAUCAAACCAUCAGUAUUCACCCACGUUGCUAUAUUGACGUAGUAUCCCACCUUGCUAUGUUGCUUCAACUUGAUUUCAUACACCCAAUUUCCGCAAACGCAAUUCCGUCAUGAGUACAAAUUCAAAAACCUUCUCCAAAAUCCGUAUGCAUUAUCAUCCGAAAGCCUGACCACCGACAAGGAUAUCAAUACACAUCUGAGAAUCUAAUUCAACCAUUCACAAUAUUACGCACUCGAUACCAGUAACACGAUACCACAACCGAGACUUUGUAUCCCACACUAUCUAUUCAAUAUCAUUUACCUCAAUCGUCUGAAGAGUUUAACAUCAUAAAAAGAGCAUUACGGUACUACAAAUGAAAGAACUAUCAUCUCGUCGCUGAACUUGUUCAUCAAUCAUUCAACAUUACAAUGAAAGUCCACUUCGCAAUACGAUUUCCUCGAUUAUCAUAAAUGACAACAAUACGAAAGUAUAUUCUGCAUUUCUGACAUUCCAACUAACAAAUGACCCACAUCCACGCUGUGCAUCUUGAUUAUAUCAUUUUCAUUCAAUAAGAGCAAAAAUCUGAGGACAAGAACUACAUCGUAAAAAAGUACUACGAAUACGUAUAAAUAGUGUGUGUGAAGCCCAGUGUCCCUGAUGAAAAGAGGAUCCGUCGAUCUCAACGAACCUAGUAGUAGAAAAGCAAUUAUUUAUUACCAAUUACGCGUCCACAACAAGAACAGCAUAUAAGAUGUAAGAGUAAGAAAAUAGGAAUAAGAUUUUUGAAUGCAAACAUCCACAUUGACUACGUACAAGAAUGAACAAUAAAAACAAAAUAGCAGUUAUACCAUUUGCAUUUCUCACAUGAUUGUCAUGGUUGUACACGUACAAGAAUGAAACGAAAAGAACCAAGCCACAUUUAUUGUCAGCAUGAAACUACUACUACGAAAUUAUAAGACACUCUCCCACCAUAAGAAUUCAACAAUACGAAUACAACAAACAAGCAACGAAAAAGAACACCCACACCCAUGCGUGUAAUUUACCCCAAGUAAGAUGCAUUAAAGCACCCACAAUCAUUGAGAUGCAACUAGUAUGUAGUAAGAGUAACCCAGACCCACAUCUAACAAAGACUCUUGCAAAAAUGUCGAAGACCCUUAGGAAGAAUAUUGUACAGUGACAAAGUAACAAUUAAAGACCCCUGUAACCAGAAACAUCGUCGAGAC